AAUGUUCAUUCACUUUUCACAUUACAGCACAGGUUGAAGAUGCACUUUCACUGCUAUGCACGUGUGCCACGUUGAAGCCCUGUCCCUACCACCCUGGUUAACCCCAUGAACCUAACCUUGGUUAGGGUUUCCGUGGUUAGGAUCUGUUGCUCUGUAUUUAUCAAGCCAGCCCAAUCUUGUUCGACGCUGGCCUUUUUCUGGGCGUCUCUGUUCCAUAUCUCCUCCCCUGUUUUCCUCUGCUCAAUUACAGAGAGAUAAAUGUGCGCGCACACACCUUGAAACAGGAAAGAAGACGAAGAACAACUAUGGGUCUCUCAAAUAUCCCAAAUUUAGCUGAAGGGGUACUUCCUGUACUUGUGGUGAACACAGUUCUGUCAGUAGUUCUGCUCAAGAACAUGCUGAGAUCUGUGCUGGAAGCCGUUGGAGUGACAUCCUCGUCCUCCUCCUCAUCGUCAUCUUCAUCGUAUUCCCAGAACAUGGAGGAAGAUACAGAUGAAGAAAUAGAGCGAGAGAGUUGGAGAAGGAGGAGAGUGUCAAUAACACAGUACAAGGUUUGUCAAGAAACAACAACAACAACAACAACAAGUGACUCUGGUCCGAGUGUCGGUGGUGGAUUGGGUACGGUGGAGUGCAGCGUAUGUCUAUGUGGGUUCGAAGCAAAUCAGGAGGUCAGUGAAUUGCCCUGCAAGCAUUUCUUCCACACAGCUUGCUUGGACAAGUGGUUCAAUAACAAACACUUGACUUGUCCUCUGUGUCGUUCCAUAGAUUAGAUUAGAUCCUCACAAACCAAUCUCAAAAUACGUCUUUUUUCUUUUCCUUUUCUUAAUGUUUAAUCUGUGACCCUUAAUCUCCUGAACUCAAAGUCCUUCCUUUAUUUGUUUGUCCUCUUUCAUGGAUUCAUUUUUGACCAAAAUCGUAGCAGAUUCUGAUGAUUUUUGUUCAUAUGUGAAGUGAAAUCGUUAAAAAAGGUUGCGUAAUGACGGGAUGGAAAUAUAUACUUCUGAAUUUGAUUCCGAUGAAUAAAAUUGAAUUUGAGUGCAGUUUAGGUGCGUGUAAAGUUUUCCGGCCACCAUUCCGGUGGUCCGGCGGCGUGGGGAUGAGUUCGAUUCUAUAGAGGUGGAUCGUAUCACUUGGUUCAUAGUAAUUCUUGAUUCCAAGCAUUUCUGGAAUUGCUCUGUUUUUAUUAUACUGAGGUUAUGCCUGUCUUGUUCUUUAAUCUCCCUGCAAGCUUAUGUCAAGUUUAAAUUAAUAAAAUUUCUACUUUCAAUCU